GGAUAUCUGGUCAUCAUGGACGAGUUGGACCAAAGGGUCAGUUUCCGUGCUGUACGUCUCUAUGACCCUAAAGAAGAGUUUACAUAGAAUUAAGUCUGUGGAUCGAGGUCUCACUUGUCUAUGCCUUCUUCUCCAAAGACACCCUCUCUCAGUAUCACCACCUUCUACAGGGGUAUCCAUGCAACUACUCGAGCACCCCUAAACAGCAUCCUCCUUCACCAUCGCCACCUGCUGCUGGAGGACCCCAUCAAAGCACCCCCAGUCAGCAGUCUCCCCCACCAUCGACUGCUGGAGGUCCCCACACAAUAGCUCUGGCAUCGCUACCUUUACCAUCGCCACCUGCUGAUGGUGGCUUUAAUACAUUAAAUUGACUGACAACACAAGUGCUGCAUGCCAGGAGAUUCCAUUGAUUUGUGGCAGAUUUAAAUUGGCAUGGGGGAACGGGUCAGCAUACAGCGCGACAAGGAUCAGUGAGCAUUUGUGGGCAGCAUUCUUUGAGCUCAACCGUGAAUGCUUUGUCAUCGCCUGUUAAAUCCAGCCUGUGUUACAAACUUCCAAAAACACAGAAAGCUGAGUUGGCAAACUAAAUGUCCCGAUCUGCCCACAUUCUCUCGGUUGCCAGCAUUGCUGGGGUGGCCAAAGACUUUUUUUUUCAUUACUAUUUGUAAACAGCUCUUGCUAGUUUGCCAUGGAUUGUCGUCUCACUGGUUCGUGAAGCAUAAAAGGCACAUGUGAGGCGACCUGCAGUUGUUUGCAGAUGUCAGCAGCUUUGCAAAGCCCAGAAGCAGUCGAGGGAAUUUGCGUGCGAGUGUGGAUCCAGCACUCUGAAAGCGAUUCGCAGUUUCGGCUCCCCUUGCCUUGCAAUGAAAGUGCGGAAACUGCUGCUACUUUUGCUUGCAGUUUGGAAAGUCGGUGCGGAAACACGUGUCGAUCGCGGAGGAGGGCAGAGUGGAACUCACAAUUGCUACACUUACCCGUGACGUCGCCAAUUGUGACGCUCAUCGGAUACUUUGUACAUUCGCCUUCUUCAGUCGGAAACAAUGUCAGUUUAAAGGCACAGGCACCGCAUUACUUCUGUUGGCAAAUGGUUAAUCUGAACUAGUUCAGGGAAUAAAAACAUGGAGCCUGCAAUCAAAUUGAAGCCUGGUGUCUCCAAGUGGGACAUUCGCCAGAAAGUUUGGGAUUAUAUGGAAGAAAACAAUUUGGCAAACUUCCCAAGACCAGUUCACCACAGAAUUCCUAAUUUCAAGGGUGCAUAUGAUGCCUGUAAUAGAAUCAAAACCUUAGAUAGUUUUAUGAAGACCAGAGAGGUGAAGGUGGAUCCUGACAAACCACUAGAAGGAGUCCGUUUAGCUACGCUCCAGGCCAGAAAGACAUUGUUGGUUCCAACUCCUCGGCUCAGGACUGGACUAUUCAACAAAAUCAUCCCACCCCCUGGGGCCUCGAAGGAGAUAGUACGUGUGUGUUCUACUGCUCAGGGUGUGAAAGAUUUCAGCGUACCGAUUGGACUUGAUGCAAACAUUCAUGUGGACCUGGUGGUUGUGGGAUCUGUAGCUGUAUCAGAGAAAGGAUGGAGAAUUGGAAAAGGCGAGGGAUUUGCAGACCUGGAAUAUGCGAUGAUGGUAUCAAUGGGAGCAGUUGAUGAGAACACAGUUGUUGUCACCACAGUGCAUGACUGUCAGUUGCUUGAUAUCCCAGAAGAGCUGAUGGACAGCCAUGAUCUCACUGUAGACUACAUCCUUACACCUAGCCAAGUGAUAAAAACAAACUGCAGCUGUUCCAAGCCUCAAGGAAUUAUUUGGUCAAAGGUGGAUUCAAAUAUGAUGGAAAAAAUUCCAAUCCUUAAAAGCCUUCAGUUCAGGGAACGAAAAGCAGGAAAGGAUGUUGCUCUGAAGGAGGAAAGGCACGCAGAGAAGAAAGAACUCCAGAGACUAUUAGAGAAAAGAAUAUCAUCUGGGAAAGGUGGAGGUGCAACCAAAGUUAAAACUAAUGCAAUGGAAAUGGCCAGAAAUACUGAAGCUAGUGAAGAACAUAAAGAACCUAGCUGUAAAAACCAGCCUAAUGCUCCAACCAGAGUUACUUCAAUUUAUAUGGGUAACCUACCUCAUAGUCUGAGGGUCAGUGAAUUAAAGAAUACCUUAAGAGAGCACAAUGCAGUUCCAUUGCGUCUGAGUUGGCAGGGGGCCCAACACAGGGCUUUUCUUGAUUACAAGGACGAGGUCACUGCAGAAGAAGCUGUAACCUCCCUUACUGGGCUAAGUAUAAGUGGGAGUGUGAUUAGAGUUGAACUUGCCAAGAGUCAAAGAGGCAAUAGAUCUAAAAUUCAAACCACUGAAAAACCAAGCAGCCAGUAAUCUGAUUGAGUACCAAAAACGUUGGCAGCAAAUUUCACACGUAAAUAUGUUUUAAAAGAAUUGAUCAUGUUGAGAAGUGCAGGGUGCAACAAAGGCAGCUUAUUUGUAAUUUGAUUUUACAUGUCGUGCCUCAUUUAGACAUGAAAGAUUAGUUGAACAAAAUGAAACAAUACACAUUCAUGAACAGCCAAUGAAAUUAAAUGCAUUUGAGCAGGUAUUGUUGUGAUACAGGUAUUAUUGACCAGAUACUACUAUCUGGAUGUGAUAUCUGACAUAAAAUGAUUGCCUCUGUAAUAUUAGAAAGCACAUGAAAUACUGCAGAGGGCUGUUAUGAUAGUGUCCCCCCACCUCUGGGCCAGGAGACCAGGUUCAAGUCACACCUGCUCCAAAUGUGGGAUAUAACAUUCCUGAACAGAUUAAUUGAUUGAAAAUCUGUUUGAAAUAUUGCAACAGACAUUGUAUUCAGUUUCUUUUCAGCCUAAUAGAAAACAUCGAAUGCAAAUUAAUGGCUUUGCACUCGCAAGAUUAAUUGAUACACAAGAGAACAUAAAUCAUAUUUUUUUUUAUGAUUGAUACUAUUUAAGUUUACUCCCUACAGAUGAUAAGAUUCAAUAUUUUUCUGUUGUCCACCUGUUUACGUUAAGAAUUUAUGGAAUCCAGUAGCUUUGCUGUUAACAUUAGAAAUAUGGUCUGUUAGAACUUGACUACAGUAGGAUUUGUUUUAUGUACCUUAAGUUGCCAGAAUGCUCUUAACAAAAAUAGGUGAUACAGACCAUUCAGGAAGCAUUUUCUCAAAGGAAGUGAAUCUCAUGGGAGACCUUGUGAAAGCUAUUUCACAAGCAGGGCCAUGGUACAGCUCAUUGAUGUGGACUUGGAGUGGAAAAGGGUUUCACUGGCUUACUCUUGGUAACAGUCAUAUAGGUCGGAUGCCAACAUGUCAGACAAGAAAUCACACUGGAGGAGUUGCAUUGAGUCCAUUGUCGCUAGUUUUGGGCAGAAGUCAAAAAAGUGCUUCACAACUGAAAAAGCAAAGGUGUAAAGUGAGUGAAAAGGCAUCCAAUAAAUCCAUGUCCAAA